AGCCAACCCCUCAAUAUUAAAUUAAUAACAUACGUGUCGUUUAGUUUAACCAAUUGUGCGUUGGAUUCUUUUUUCAUUCAUUACAUACUUUAAUUGAUUUAUGCAUCUUGUCUUCAUUUAUAAAUAGCAGUACUACUGAGAAUUGUGAAAAUCAAGAAUUAGUCAGGAAACUGUACUUUUGAUUAUCAACGGUUGAGCCUUUUUGUCUUUCUUGAUUUGGGUAUUUUUGCUGUUUUGAAUUUGAGAUUUGAAAGCUUGUGAGUGUGUAGUUUUUUUAUUGGAGUGAACUAUAUAGAAUGGAGGAAAAAUAUGAGCUAUUGAAGGAACUUGGUGCUGGGAAUUUUGGGGUGGCAAGGUUAGUGAAGGACAAGAAGACAAAGGAGCUUUUUGCUGUCAAAUAUAUAGAAAGAGGGAAAAAGAUUGAUGAGAAUGUGCAGAGAGAAAUUAUAAAUCAUAGAUCGCUGAGACAUCCAAACAUUAUCAGGUUUAAAGAGGUCUUGGUUACUCCAUCGCAUUUGGCAAUUGUUAUGGAGUAUGCAGCAGGUGGAGAACUUUUUGCUAGAAUUUGCAGUGCUGGCAGAUUUAGUGAAGACGAGGCUCGCUUCUUCUUUCAACAGCUACUAUCUGGAGUCAGCUACUGUCAUACCAUGGAAAUUUGUCACAGGGAUUUGAAACUGGAAAACACUCUUCUUGAUGGAAGUCCUUCACCACGUCUAAAAAUAUGCGAUUUUGGUUAUUCCAAGUCUGGGUUGUUGCAUUCACAACCAAAGUCGACAGUAGGAACGCCUGCUUACAUUGCCCCCGAGGUCCUUUCACGGAAGGAAUAUGAUGGGAAGAUCGCAGACGUAUGGUCAUGCGGGGUGACACUGUAUGUGAUGCUAGUAGGAGCAUAUCCUUUUGAGGAUCCUGAAGAUCCAAAAAACUUCAGGAAAACCAUUGGGAGAAUAAUGAGUGCCCAAUACUCCAUACCCGAUUAUGUACGAAUCACAGCAGAUUGCAAGAACCUCCUUUCGCGAAUCUUUGUUGCAAAUCCCGCUAAGAGAAUCACUAUUCCUGAGAUAAAGAAACAUCCGUGGUUCUUAAGGAAUCUUCCAAAAGAGCUAAUGGAUGGUCAGCAUGCGAAAUACGAAGAAGCUUCAGAGCAAUUACAGCAAAGUGUGGAAGAAAUAAUGAAGAUGAUACAAGAAGCUAAGAUACCUGGAGAAGUGUCAAAACCUGAAGGGAAAGAUGCUGCCGGGACAACAGAACAAGAUGAUGAAGAGGAAGACCUCGAAUCGGAGAUCGACAGCAGCAAUGACUUUGCUGUUUAUGUCUGAGGAAUGAGGAUGAUAUUAUCUAUUGGAAUUAUAAAAGAAAAGUUUAGUAUGUAACUCUUUGAGUUGUUAUUAUGGUGUAUAGAAGAGUAGCUAUCUGCUGGCUGAUGCAAUGGUUAUGCGCAGAACUAUUUAGGGGUUCUAAGGUGUGCAUUUCAAUUUGUUACAUGGAUCUAAUAUUGCAGCAAACAGAUUUUUUUCUUUCUAUUUUAUAACUUUUGAUGAUAUUUUCGAUGUGUUAACCAUCGUUUAAUCUGUUGAAUCGAAUUUGGUCUAGCUUCUGUUUUAA